AUGAAGAUUGAGAAAUUACAGAAUCCAAAAAUUGAGAAAGCAGAGAUCUUGGAAUACACAGUUCAGUUUCUCCAGUCCACAAUGAAGCCCUCUGAGAUGCCACAAGAUAACUUCAGUCAGGAAUACCAGUUUGGCUUCCAGCAUUGCCUUCAAACCACCUUGCACUUAAUAAACUCCAGCCAGAAGCUGUCAUAUGUAAGCAAGAACUUCCUCUUACAACAGUUAUUGUUAAACCACCCUGAUGUGUCUUCAUCAAUGGACCACCAAUAUCUCACACUCCAUGGACAAUCACCUUCAUGUAGUCAUAUGACUUCUACACAACUUGACUGCAUAACCAAAUCCCAAGGAAACCAAGAAAAUAAACUGAUUAGUACUCAAACUGGACUAUCUUCUGAUCAAAAGUCAUGUUCAUGGAGACCAUGGGUCUAA